AUGCGUCUAAUCGACGUGAAGACGCUAGAGCUCAAAGAGUUUCACCAUAAGGUCCCUCCCUACGCCAUCCUCUCACACACCUGGGGCGAUCAAGAAGUGACGUUUCAAGAAUAUCUCCUCGCCACCAACAAUUCUUCUAGCUCUCAUACAUACAUCCGCUCCCGGCCUAGCGACAUUAAGAGAAAAGCCGGAUUUGCUAAAAUUCUCGGUGCUUGUAGUCGUGCAAGCGCCGAUAGACUGGGGUACCUCUGGUGUGAUACGAAUUGUAUCGACAAAACUAGCUCAGCAGAGCUCAGCGAAGCCAUCAAUAGCAUGUACGCUUGGUAUCACGAUUCGGCAGUCUGCUACGCCUAUCUAUCUGAUGUGGGUGAUUUUGAUCGUGCAGGUAGGGGUGCGGAUGAGUUCAGGAAGAGUCGUUGGUUUACCAGGGGCUGGACUCUUCAGGAACUCCUCGCCCCUAAGGAAGUAAUAUUCUUCAAUGCCAAUUGGGAGUCUAUUGCGAAUAGGAAUAGCUUAGCAGAUAUUAUUUGCAGAGCUACGAUGGUCCAUAAAGGUGCACUUGAGGAUCGAAAUACCAUUUCGGAGUAUUCUAUUGCUCAGAGGAUGUCUUGGGCGGCAGACCGACAGACUUCUAAGCUGGAAGAUAUUGCCUAUUGUUUACUUGGCAUAUUUGGAAUCAAUAUGUCGCUUCGUUAUGGAGAAGGCUCGAAGGCUUUCACAAGACUUCAAGAAGAGAUCAUCAAAGUUUCCGACGACCAGAGCAUUUUUGCUUGGGACUUUUUCGGGCACCAGCAAUCGGAUUUAACUGGCGUAUUGGCACCAUCUCCUGGGCCAUUUGCUUCCUGUGGCUCUAUAGUCUGGGAUAGAAGCGCUAUGCGCUGGCCAUAUUCAAUAACAAACCUCGGGAUUUCUCUUCCGGUGUCAAUGAUCCGAACACGUGUUUAUGGGAAUAUGCUGGUACGACUGAACUGUUCUAUUGAGCUUCAUGAGUAUAGGUCUUGCAGGGCUCCUCAACCUUCUAAAGUCUACUACUGGCGCUUUCCGGUUUGGAUAUGGCUGGCACUUGACGGUGAUAAUACAUACGCAAGAAGCUGUGUUCCAGCAUCUCGUACAUUCCUCUCUCCUUUUUACCCUGAAGGAGCAAACUGCAUCGUCACUGAGUUAAUGGUUACAAUUAGUAGUACUGAUCGGCUUCAAUCUCGGAUACCGAGGAUUGCUCCGUCUGCACGUAGUAUUUGCGCCGCCACAGGCUUUCAUAUUACGAUAAGCUUUGGGCGCAUUGUACCGCAAACUAGACAACUAGAUGAGGCGUUUCCACCUGGAAAUUUCGCGGUGACUCAACUACCACCAAGAGGAUCGCCCGCUUUGUCACAUGAAAUUAUCUCAGCCGGAACGUACAUCGUGCUUUUUUCGAUUGUUUGGGAUCAUCAGCAGCGAAAGCCCGUGCAUUGUCACCAUGGUAUUUUUUAUGGCUUGAAUGGUAUCACCUUUGGCCAGAUGAGCGCCAACCAUUGGGAUAUUCUUUUUCGGACUGAACCAAGCUUAAGCUUAGAUAAAAGCGGCGACGCCGGGCAAAUAGAGUACAUUCACGACCAAAUUCGGAGGAAUUCGGCUCAGCCAACAAUUGUAACCGGGCCAAGUGCGCUACCUUUCAUACACAUCGAAAAAGAUCUACGUCAGGAUCAGUACGGGCGGGCGAUGGUUGUUGCUCAGCUGACAUUUCAAGAACUUACGGAAUCGACAUACAGUUUCCCACCUAUUGCACUUCGGUAA